GAUUCUCCGGCGAUGAUGCGUGACGGCGCCGGCGGCGGAGGAGGAUGCCGUCCGGCGGGAUUCAACAUCUCUUCGUACGGAUUCUUGGAGAAAAUGGAAUCUCCGGUGGUGAUUUUGGAAUAUUCUCUGCCUCUCCUCGAGUUUCAAAUCAUUCUCAUCUUCCUCUUCGCUUUCUUCUCUCACACGUUCCUAAGAUCCAUCAACAUUCCCAAGUUCGUCUCCCAUAUUAUCGCUGGUCUGAUUUUGGGUCCCCAGCUCUUGGGUCUGAUGGAGUUUUCGUCGGACCGGCUCUCACGGUACCCAGCUUUGGACGGAAACGCGGCUUUGGAUUGCGUCGGAGAGUUUGGAUUCAUAAUGUUCACGUUCUUGAUGACGGUCAAAACCAACUGGCGAUUAGCGUUUCGAAACGGCAAAACCCCAAUCGUGAUCGCCUUCUCCUCCUCUUUCUUCACUCUGAUCGUCGGCAUGAGCUUCAAAAACCUAUUCUCCAACAGGAUCGACCAUCUUUACUUACCUAUCGAGAGCGGCCUACGAGAGCGCAGAGCAGUGGUUUCGUUCCAAUCGCUAACGCUAUUACCAGUCGUGGCCCAUCUCUUGUCCGAACUCAACAUCCUCGGCUCACAGCUCGGCCGCCUAGCCAUCUCAACCGCUCUGAUCAGCGAUUUCUCGGGAAUUCUCCUCUUAAUCGCUGUCACUACUUUAGGAACUUACAAAAACGUAUCUCCCAAGGCAGCUUACCUCGAUCUAGCCAUGGUGGCAUCCCUUUUCCUCGUGGUUAUUUUCAUCGUGAAGCCUCUUGCCAAACGCAUGAUCGAUCACACUCCAGAGGGCAAGCCUGUACGGUCAAUCUAUCUAUACGCAAUUGUAAUCAUUGCAUUGGGUUCAUCGGCUUUCACGUCAUCGGCUAAACAGAAGAACGUGUUGGGUCCUUUGCUGGUUGGUCUUGCGAUUCCAGACGGUCCGCCUUUGGGUUCGGCAUUGGAGAUCAAGUUCGAGAAGCUCACGACCAAGGUGCUGUUACCGAUCUCGAUCGCUGUCUCGACGAUGAAAGGCGACAUGUUCAAGUUUCUCUACGAGUUAGAUGACGUUUUGUACAACAUGUUCCUCGUGUGUCUUACCCUGAUCGUGAAAUGGGUCGCCUCUUUCUUACCUUGCUUGUACUACAAGUUACCUAUUCGAGAAUCCUCGGCCAUCGCUGUUAUCAUGUGUUCCAGGGGACUAACCGAGCUAUACCUCUACGAAAACGCAAGAAACAGAUCGGUUAUAUCGCAAUCAACUCACACGUUCCUGAUAUUGUAUGUGCUACUGAGUGCCGGGAUCGUUCCGACAGUGGUCACUUCCUUGUACGAUCCGAAGAAAAAGUACGCAAGGUAUAACAAGAAGAACGUAAUGUCCAUGAGACACAACUCAGAUCUUCGAAUCCUGUCAUGUGUUCAUAAACCGGACAAUAUCUCGAGCAUGAUCGCUUUCCUCAGGCUGCUAGUCUCACCUAACAAGCCCUCUCCAAUGGCGGUCACGGUCCUACACCUGGUCAAACUCGUCGGAGGAGCGUUUCCCGACAUGAUCUCGCAUGGGAAAAACUCGAAUCGGGUGAUCCAUAACUCUUAUAUCAGGACAGCGAUCGAAGCUUUCCACGAUUUCGAAUCCGAAAACCGAGAAUCCAUGAGUAUAAGUAUGUUUACAGCUUUCUCCAAGAUGAAUAUCAUGCAUGAAGACAUCAACACUCUUGCCCUAAACCAGAACACGUCGAUGAUCGUUGUCCCUUCGGGUCGGAGGUGGUCGGUGGAUGGUUCGUUUGAGUCAGAUGACAUCGAGAUCCGACGUUUGAAUGUUACCCUUUUGGAGCACGCACCUUGCUCGAUAGGGAUACUCGUCGAUCGUGGCCAUUUCUCUAGAAUAAGUAACACGUGGAACAAGAAAAGGGUUAAAACCCUUCGAGUUUGCGCGAUCUACAUCGGGGGGAAAGACGAUCGUGAGGCUUUAUCGCUGGCGAAACGGAUUAGACCGAACCCGAAAGUCGAUCUUACCGUAUUCCGCUUCAUUUUUGUGGAGGAAGCCGGGUUCACGAACUGGGAUUACAUUCUUGAUAACGAGGUCUUGAAAGAGUUUAAGCAGAGAGAGGUGGAUGGAUCGGAAAACACGGUUGCUUAUGUAGAGAAAACGAUGAAUAACGGUGACGAAAUCAUCGAGACUUUACGGUCGGUGGCUGAAGAGUUCGAUUUCGUCAUUACAGGAAGAGAUCACUCCGUAGAAUUUCCAGAUUCUUCGGGACUAAACGAUUGGGUUGAGCUCCCAGAGUUAGGGGUUGUCGGAGACGUGCUUGCUUCAAAAGAGCUAGAUUCUAGGGUUUCUGUUUUGGUAGUUCACCAACAAUGAUGAGCCUCUUUC